AUCUUCACCGAAGAUGGAUCUGACGAAUGGCACUACGGUCAUCACGGACAGCGACAGGGGCGUCUUAUUGGAUGACUCCUCAACCCGCGUCCUGACUGGCUGUUUCCUCUCGCUGCUCAUCCUCUGCACGUUGCUCGGCAACAUCCUUGUGUGUGCCGCCGUCACCAAGUGCCGUCACCUGCGUUCCAAAGUCACCAACUUCUUUGUGAUCUCGUUGGCCGUCUCCGACCUCCUAGUCGCUGUCCUGGUGAUGCCGUGGAAGGCCGUGACGGAGGUCGCAGGGUUCUGGCCGUUUGGCUCGUUCUGCGACACUUGGGUGGCGUUCGACAUCAUGUGCUCCACGGCGUCCAUCUUGAACCUGUGUGUGAUCAGUGUGGAUCGUUACUGGGCAAUAUCCAGCCCGUUCCGCUAUGAGAGGAAGAUGACUCCUAAAGUGGCGUUUGUAAUGAUCAGCGUGGCCUGGACGCUCUCCGUCCUCAUCUCCUUCAUCCCCGUCCAGCUCAGCUGGCACAAAACUCAGACCUUUACUUCUACCUCCACAACCCCACCCUACAGCCUCCAGCCUGCCCCAGACUCCUCUAACCCUGUUGGGGAUAACAACACACAUCAGGCCCCCCGGGACUGGGACAACUGUCACUUCAGCUUGAACCGGACCUACGCCAUCUCUACCUCUCUGAUCAGCUUCUAUAUCCCAGUGAUGAUCAUGGUGGCCACCUACAGCCAAAUCUACCGCAUCACUCACCGUCAGAUCAGAUGCAUCGCCACCCUAGAAAGGGCCGCAGAGAGCGCCAAGAACCGGCAGAACAGUAUGGGUGGAGGUGGCGGAGGAUCCAGCAUCUCCGAAUCAGAGAGCUCGUUCAAGAUGACGUUCAAACGGGAGACAAAGGUCCUGAAGACGCUGACUCUGAUCGUGGGCGUGUUCGUGUGCUGCUGGCUGCCCUUCUUCAUCCUGAACUGCAUGGUGCCGUUCUGUGAGCCUUCGCCCCGCGGUGCCGCCGCCUCCUUCACCUGUAUCAGCCCCACUAUGUUUGAUGUGUUUGUGUGGUUGGGCUGGGCCAACUCUUCCAUCAACCCCGUCAUAUACGCCUUCAACCCAGACUUCCGUAAGGCCUUCUCUAUCCUCCUGGGCUGCCACAGACUCUGUCCCGGAGAUCACAGCAUGUCUCAAUAAGAAAUGAGCUCAGAGCCUCAGAACCUCCCGUGGUAAUACAACAUCUGCUGAGACACUGGUCUCAGAAGAGGAUCUACAGGACCAGCUGUCAUGGAACAACAGAGACCCAUGGCAUGCCAUCAUCUGGUGCAUUGUAUCACCAUAAGCAAGCAGAGUAAGCGUUACAACCUUGGUGUAAAAGGUUUGAUGUUGUCAUUGAGGGUGCCGCCACUUAUCAUGCAGUAUGAUCUGACUUGGCACUGCGAUAAGAGAUGAGCGACACUGUGCAGUGUCCCUGACUGCAGUGAAUGCGGUGAGCCCAGUGUCUCUAUAGAGUAGAUACUACAGUGAGUCAGGGCCCCAGACUGGAGGGGGGAUGAAGUAAGGAGGAAAAAGGGUGAAGGAUGUGAUAUUAAGACUGUGUGUGACAGAGUACAGGAGGAGAGAGAGCAGUGCUAAUGAUUAUCUGGGACUGAUAAUCCACAGACUGGGCAGGCAACACGCACGCACGCACGCACGCACUCACUCA